GCUAUGUGUAUAAGUACAACCAAGCAAACUGAACAGUUUUCUUAUUUUAUCACGAAAUGGUGAAACAGACGAUACAGAUAUUUGGUCGCAUUAAACCCACUAAGAAAACUACAGCGGUGUACUCUGUGGACAAUGAUGAAAGGAUAGGUGCUUCUCUGGAGUUUGUGGUUCCCAGAGACCUGGCUGAUGGCUUUGUUAACAACAAGAGGGAGUGCUACAAGUUCAGGUUCCAAAAAGUGUUUGAUCAAGCAGUCAAACAAGAUGAGAUAUUUGAAAACAUUGUCAAGCCAGUUGCAGACAGUGUAUUGGCUGGCUUUAAUGGUACCAUAUUUGCCUAUGGCCAGACGGGAAGUGGGAAGACAUUUACCAUCACCGGAGGGGCCGAGCAUUACAGUGAUAGAGGCAUUAUUCCCCGCACCCUGUCCUACCUGUACGAAUGCUUCAGCCAGGACAGCAGUAUGCUUUACACCACACACAUCUCCUACCUGGAGAUCUACAAUGAGAUGGGAUAUGACCUUCUGGAUUCCCGACAUGAAGCCUCUCGACUGGAAGACCUACCACGAGUAACAUUCAUGGAGGAUCCAGACCAGAAUAUCCAUCUCAAGAACCUGUCGCUGCAGCAGUCAGCAAAUGAGGAAGAGGCUCUAAAUCUACUCUUCCUGGGUGACACCAAUCGGAUGAUUGCAGAGACUCCCAUGAACCAGGCCUCCACACGUUCACACUGUAUUUUCACUGUGCACUUGUGCAGACGUGAGCCGGGCUCAGCCACCUUGCGGCGCUCCAAGCUCCAUCUGGUGGACCUGGCUGGGUCGGAUAGAGUUAGCAAGACUGGCCUGAAUGGGCAGCUGCUCACUGAGGCCAAGUACAUCAACCUCUCCCUUCACUACUUGGAGCAGGUGAUCAUUGCUUUGUCAGAGAAGAACCGUUCCCAUAUUCCCUACAGAAACUCCAUGUUAACAUCUGUGCUGAGGGACAGCCUUGGGGGCAACUGCAUGACCACCAUGAUCGCCACUAUGGCAGUUGACAAGAGGAACCUUGAUGAGUCCAUCUCUACAUGCCGCUUUGCUCAGCGUGUGGCUCUCAUUAAGAACGAGGCGAUAUUGAAUGAAGAACUGGAUCCUAACCUGCUGAUAGCACGUCUGAAAAGGGAGAUCGCGUCUCUGAAGGAAGAGCUGGCCAUGGUGACAGGAGAGCAGAGAGAGGACCAGCUUACCGUGGAGGAGAUUCAGAGGUUAGAAGAGCUGCUCAAGGCCUUUCUGGAUGACCCUGAUCCAGGUGUGACACUGUCACUGGGACCAGAUAUGAGAAAAAUCCAGUACUGUUUCUCUCUGCUGAAGAUAAUGAUUCUGGACAAGCAAGGUGGUGGAAACAAGCGCAUUGAUGAGUCACCAGCAGCAACAGCGAGAGAAGAAGUAAUUGAAGAGAGCCACCACAGUGCAGCAGAAGUGACCAAAUUAAAGGAGAUGCUGACUCAGCGUGAUAAUGAAAUCAGUAUCCUAGUUAAGAUGUUGAAGAAGGAGAAGAAAAGGGCCCAGGACGCUGCUGCUCAGCUUGCUAACAUCACCAAUGGCCAGAGUCUGGCCUCCCAGAAUGCCUUGAGGUUGUCAUCAGUGUCACUGCUGAGCGAAAACAGCACAGACACCAUCUCAGCCAGCCACGGAGGACGAGCUAUGCAGUACAUGAAAAGAGGUCCACAGCUGUCUAUGGGAAAGCAAGAGGCCUUUGAGACCUUCACAAGGGACCAUGAGGACUAUUUGACUAUUGACGACAACAAGAACCUAAUCAAACAGAGGUCAGCUGAGGCCAAAAGACUUUGGGAACAACAGAAUGAAGCCAGAAACAGAAUCAAUGAGUUGAAGAAGCAGUUAGAGAUGCGGAGGAGGCAGAGGGCAGCUCAUGGUGUGAUGGGGAAUUCCACAGAGGCUGAGGACGAGGUGGACUCUGUGGAAGAAAACCUGCGCAAACACAUUGAGCAAGAAAAGAAAGCUUACAAGAGCAUCAUUGACCAUCUGAAAGCAUUGAGGACAGAGAUUGAGCACCUGCAGCUGUUGCUGGAAAGGGCAAAGGUCAAGCUCCAGAGGGACUUCCAUAGGUGGUGGACCCAGGAGGCUUCAAGUGUGCAGGAACCUCUGUCAGAGGCCUCAGCCAGAUGUCACACAGGGUCACCAGGUGGAAACUUGCAGCCAUCGUCACCCAGCACUCCAGCAUCAGGUGCACCUGGUCUGAGCAGCACUGUGAGAGACUACCCAGCAGACCGAGACCCAAAUCCAGACUGUACCACCUCUUCUGUUCACAAUCUCAGAAGCUUCAAUCCCUCAAGCGUACCUCAGUUAACACCUGUCCCAGCAUGGCAUGAUACGUCCCCGGAUGGCAGACUGACUGACUACACUCCCUCAUCUGAGUGGAGGGACCUUUCUACCACCAAGCUCUCAUCAUCCUCUAUUCCGCUGACUGGAGACCAGCAGACCGACGCUGACAUCCUGGCCUUUGUCAGAGCCAGGCAAAACCUCCUCAACAGAACAGACCCACCUCAGAAGUGAUGUGAAGUUCGAAGGAAGCAUACACGGCCCAAAGUUAUCAUUAUCUGCCUGCUUGUGCAAACACCACAUCUGCCAGGUGACAAAAUGACACUGAAAAUGUGUGUUAUAUUUGAGUACUGAUGGACAAUGAAGAUGUGAAAAAUUGUCUCAACUUGGGUCCAAAACAUCAAAGUGCUCAUAAAAAAAAACUCCUCUGCCAAACGCCCACCACACAUCCUGUUCCAUUCUCACACGCAUGCACACGCUCCUCCUGAAGACGAUGCCAUUGAUAUAAUGGGCAGCAGUAUAAAUCACAGCCUGCGCCGGCCAUUUGAUCUGAACAAAUGUUGUCUCAAGAUAUGAGAGGAAGGAGCAGACAAUAGGAAACCAGUUGGCUCCAGUGUGUUUUUAAGGGUGUAAUGAAUCAUGACUUCAUGGUCACAGGAAGUUUCAACAUGCAGAAUGACAAAUACAAUUCAUAUUUAUGUUGGGUUUAAUUUUAUUCCAAGGCAAACAGUUUUUUUUGUAAAAUGUAAA